AUGGAAGCACCGGACUCACCCUCUCUAGAUACGCGCCCUAUAGUAUGGUUUGACAUCGACAACACCCUGUACUCCGCCAGUACGAAGCUCCUGUCUAACCAUCCCAUAGCCUACUUCGUGUCUCUCGGAUUGGAGGACGAGAAGGCAACGAAGCUUCAUCAUCGUUACUACACCGAGUACGGUCUCGCCCUACGAGGCCUCGUUCGGCACCACGAAGUCGAUCCCAUCGACUUCGACCGCAAGUGCGAUGGUUCCCUGCCGUUAGAACAGAUCAUAAAGCCCGACCCUGCAUUGCGCAAGCUGUUCGAGGACAUCGACCGCUCCAAAGUACGCGUGUGGGCGCUCACCAAUGCGUACAAGCCGCACGCCGAACGCGUCCUCCGACUGCUCAACCUAGAGGACCAGAUCGAUGGUCUGGUCUACUGCGACUACGCGAACCGCGAAUUCUCCUGCAAGCCCGAGCCCGAGUACUACCAUCAGGCCCUCGCCAAAGCCGGCAUCACGGACCCCUCCAAAUGCUACUUCGUGGACGACUCCCUCAAGAACCUCAAGGCCGCCCAUGCCCUCGGUUGGGGCCAUCUCACGGAGGAGGGGAUUGACAUCGUGUCCAACCUGCAGCAGCUGAGGACGGUGUGGCCGGAGAUCUUCAAGGAGCAAUAG